AGCUGACACUCAUACAAACGUUCGCUGCACUUGCUGGCAUUAUUUUAAAGCGUUUAAGUACUUUGCAGCAGUGCUAAACUCGUUCGUUUACACAAUUAAUACAUCACAAAACGCUAUACGCUAUUGAUUAUAGAAUAUAAAUGUGCGAGAUCCAGUCGUCGGUAGAGUGCAAUAUACGUGAACUAGUGUACCGAUUUUAAAAGUCAAUCGUCCCGCUUCGCCCAGCCCUCGUCGACGGGUUUUCGGUCGUCCCAGCUGCUGUACAGAAAACUGAAAAGUGUAGACGUCAGUGGUAGAUUAUUCACAAUGCAAGGAUUUCCUUCAACUAUGAAGUCCAAUUUUUUAAGUCAGGCAUUCUCAUCCAGGAGCAAUCGUCCAAAGUGUUGAUUUGCAAACGGAGUGAAAACUCGCCCACAUAUUUGAGUAGAAUAGUGUUCUUUCAAUAUAGUUUGGAAAAAGUGUUCCUGUGUGUCUAGGGCAACUCCUAGCAAUCAAAAAAGAAGAAGAGCAUAAAGUGAGGAAACAAAAGAGUAUAGCCUUUCACCCGCCUGCUGAUAUAGAACGCCACCAGUUACAAUCAUGGCCGUUGAUAAGACCGCAACACGUCAGAUGCUGACGAUUACAUUUCUCUGCAUUCUGUGGUACGUUGUAUCCAGCAGUAACAAUGUCAUUGGAAAGAUGAUUUUAAGCGAGUUCCCGUAUCCGAUGACGGUGACGAUGGUUCAGCUGACCAGCAUCACCCUGUACAGCGGACCGUUCUUCAAUCUCUGGGGCGUUCGGAAGUACGUUGAUAUCUCAUGGAGGUACUACUUCAAGUUCAUCGUGCCGUUAGCGUUGGGCAAGUUUUUGGCCUCCGUCACAUCACAUAUCUCCAUCUGGAAGGUUCCGGUGUCCUAUGCCCACACGGUGAAAGCUACCAUGCCACUGUUCACCGUUAUCCUCUCGCGAAUCAUCAUGGGUGAACGGCAAACCAAAGCCGUCUAUCUGAGCCUGGUGCCGAUCAUCGUGGGCGUUGGGAUUGCCACCAUGACAGAGCUAUCGUUUGACACGAUCGGUCUGGUCAGUGCCCUGCUGGCAACGAUGGGCUUCUCGCUGCAGAACAUUUUCUCCAAAAAGGUUCUCAAGGAAACCAGCGUCCACCACUUGCGGCUACUGCACAUUCUCGGCCGGCUGGCCCUGUUUAUGUUUCUACCGCUGUGGGUCUACUUCGAUCUGUUCAACGUAAUCAAGCAUCCGGCUAUUGUGACUGGAGAUUACCGGGUUAUAGCGCUGCUUUUCACUGACGGUGUCCUGAACUGGUUGCAGAAUAUCAUAGCGUUUAGUGUUCUGUCGAUCGUUGCUCCGUUGACCUACGCUGUAGCCAGCGCCAGCAAACGAAUUUUUGUGAUAGCAAUCUCGCUUUUCAUCCUCGGCAAUCCGGUGACGUGGAUGAAUAUUUUUGGCAUGCUGCUGGCCAUCAUUGGUGUGCUGUGCUACAACCGGGCGAAAUAUUUCUCUCGAUUACACCCGGCAAAAGAUACGAUCCUGCCGUACACGAGCUCCAACAACAAUAUCAAGUAUCAACCGCUGGAGGAUACUUCACUGCUGGUCGGUAAUGGACACUACGGGGGAAAGAACGGGCUCGCUAAUGGUGGCCAUCUUCAGAACGGCACCGUGCAUCACCACAGUGGGACCAGUAAUGGUACAACGAAUCUAUUGCUGAGUAACGGAGGCACUCAAAUGAAUGGCACCGGCAACAAGUUACUAUUUGUCUAAAAAGUGUAUAUUGACUGAGUUAAAUUCAUACAGUUAGGACAAUGAACAAGGCCAUUGGUAGGAUUGUUUCUUGCUUGUACAGUUGAGCUUAGCGAUAAAAACUAGUUGAUUGACUAUUUAGGUUAGAUUGUAAAGCUGUUUAUAGUGUUUCUAGUAAUUGUAACAAAUUCAUGUGUGUGCUAGCCACGAUGAAGGCGCGCUGUGACGAGAGCGGAGUGCUUCGCCGAUAAAGAAGCUACCUAAAGAAGAUUUAUUUAUUUCCAACCUCUAUAUUUUAUCUUGAUCUUGAAAGAGUGAAAUGCUUGAUUUGGCCCAACACUACAGAAACAGAGAUUGUGUAAUGACGAAAAAAAAACUUGACGAAGCAGUAUUCAUCCGGUGCUAAUCAAUUCGGAUUCAACUCCAUAACAACUCACUAGCGGAACGUACUAUAGAACCAUUCACCGACAGGAUCAAUGAGCAAUUUUGUUUGAUGCAAUCGUACUUGAGAGCAAAAUGUAUGUACUUGAAAAAACCGUGAAACGUGACGGUGCAAAUUGAGAAAAAAUAAAAGCUAUUUUAUACAAUUUCUGGAACCGAAA